GAAUGAAUGAACGAGUCUUGUGGUCCAGACCGAACCGAGAUGGUCUGACGCAGGCGAUGACAGAGCAGCCACAUCUUGGGAGAGAGAGUAGGUGGAGACACUGAAGGACUUGUAACCAACGCAGAACAGCACAGAGCGAGGCGAGGUACAGCUGUAACCAUGACCAAGGAGAAUGUUCUAGACGUGGCCUCUGAGGAGGGUCCUCUCGAGCAGCAGGAGAUGCUGCCCACUGGCUUCCACAGCCCCCUCCCCGAACGCCGCAAGAAGCCCUUCGUUCACCACUCGGCCCCUGCACCCCUGCCCAAGGAUUACGCUUUCACCUUCUUUGACCCGAACGACCCCGCCUGCCAGGAAAUCCUCUUCGACCCUCAGACCACCGUGUCCGAGCUCUUUGCCAUCAUCCGACAGUGGGUCCCUCAAGUACAACACAAGAUCGACACUAUCGGCAAUGAGAUUCUGAAGCGAGGUUGCCACGUGAACGAUCGCGACGGGCUGACGGACAUGACACUGUUGCAUUACACCUGCAAGGCUGGGGCCCACGGAGUGGGGGACCCAGCGGCGGCGGCUCGACUCUGCAACCAGCUCAUCGCUCUGGGGGCCGACGUCGGGCUCCGCAGCAGAUGGACCAACAUGAACGCCCUGCACUACGCGGCGUACUUCGACGUGCCGGAGAUUACACGCAUCUUGCUCAAGGCUCACAAACCCAAAGUGCUCAACUCGACCUGCAGCGACUUCAACCACGGGACUGCUCUGCACAUCGCAGCCUCCAACCUCUGCCUGGGGGCCGUUAAGUGUCUGCUGGAGCACGGGGCCAACCCAGCCCUCCGCAACCGGAAGGGGCAAGUUCCCGCUGAUGUGGUGCCAGACCCGAUGGACAUGAGCCUGGACAAGGCGGAGGCUGCCAUGGUGGCCAAGGAGCUGAAGCAGCUGCUGCUGGACGCGGUGCCCCUCAGUUGCAACCUGCCCAAGGUCACCCUGCCCAACUACGACAACAUCCCCGGCAACCUGAUGCUCACCUCCCUGGGCCUCAAGCUGGGCGAGCGAGUCCUCAUGGACGGAGAGAAGGCCGGGACCCUGCGCUUCUGCGGCACCACCGAGUUUGCCAGCGGCCAGUGGAUUGGCGUCGAGCUGGACGAGCCCGAGGGCAAGAACGACGGGAGUGUCGGAGGCGUCAGCUACUUUAUUUGCCCUCCCAAGCACGGUUACUUCUCCUCGGUGUCCAAAAUCAGCAAAAUUCUUGACCCGACCCCUUCUUCCGUGACAUCGACGCCCAAAACGCCCAGGAUGGACUUUGCACGGAUGACCGGGAAAGCUAAAAAAGACAAGAAAGCCUUGCGAAGGAAGUCUCUGUCGGUGGGAAGUCUGGACCGAGAGGGCCUGAAGAUCGAGAUUGGGGACCAGGUCCUGGUGGCGGGCCAGAAGCCGGGAGUCAUUCGGUAUUACGGCAAGACGGACUUUGCCCCAGGGUACUGGUACGGGAUUGAGCUGGACAAGGCAACCGGGAAACACGAUGGUUCGGUGUUCGGAGUCCGAUAUUACAACUGCCUACCGAAGUAUGGCGUGUUUGCCCCUCCCUCCAGAGUGCAGAGGAUUGGAGGUCCCAAGACUCCUACAGGCGAUGGCAGCAUCAGUAAAAAAAUUCACCAGGUUACAAUGACACAGCCCAAGCGCAACCUGGCGGCGGUGAGGACCCCCAAAGACAUCGCGUCAGAGAGCUCCUUAUCCAGAUUACUUUUCUGUUGUUGGUUUCCAUGGAUGUUGAGGGCAGAAAUGCAGUCGUAAAAAAGCAAAAGAAGCCCCCGUCACCCUUCCCCUCCGACUCUCGCUUCUCGACCUCUCUUCUCUAUUCUGCUUUGGAAACAAGACUGCUGAUAACAUUCCUCGAUACUAGUUCACCCCGAUACAAUCAUAGUUGAUGCUAGUGCCUUGGUCCUGAUGAAACAUCCCCCAAUCACUCCCCCCCCCCCCCUCCUCUCCCCCCUACCCCCAUUCCACAGUAGUUUCAGUAGACGUACCUCUUCAUUUGAUACACUAACUCAAAGAUAUAUAUAUAUUAUAUUCACAAACAUGACUCCGGUUUAUGAUUGCUGUUUAACAUUUGACUGACAAAAUACUGAUGGUGCAAUUGAGUGUCACAAUUAUGGUGUGUACCGUAUAUCCCAGAGUAUAUGUACUCCCUCAAUUUUACAUUUGAGUUCCGAUCCCAUUGACCCAUCAAAUGUUUAGCCAUGUUAAGGAACGCUGGUUCGAAGGCCGGUCGGAUUCUAAGAGCGGCAACCGAUCGAUGGAUUCACUCGAUGCCAGACGGAAUCAAAUAGAUUAAGAAAAAAAGCUGUUUAUUAUGUAAAAGUUUCAAAAAAGCAAAAAUAAAAGUUGGGAAUAGUUCACGUAUG